AUGAGGAGAGCUCACCACAGUGACCCAAGCCCACCGCUGCGGCUGAGAGAAGCUCUGGACCUGGUUCUGUCUCUAGACCUGAUUCUGUCUCUAGACCUGGUUCUGUCUCUGGACCUGGUUCUGUCUCUGGACCUGGUUCUGUUUCUGGACCUGGACCUGGUUUUGUCUCUGGACCUGAUUCUGUCUCUGGACCUGGAUCUGUCUCUGGACCUGGGUCUGUCUCUGGACCUGGGUCUGUCUCUGGACCUGGGUCUGUCUCUGGACCUGAUUCUGUCUCUAGACCUGGGUUCACCCCGUGGGGGCGGGUCUCAUGUCCCCUGGUUCACCUGCAGCGGACGGAGGCCCAUGUCUCCUGGUUCACAUGCAGCAGGAGGAGGCCCAUGUCUCCUGGUUCACAUGCAGCAGGAGGAGGCCCAUGUCUCCUGGUUCACCUGCAGCAGGAGGAGGCCCAUGUCCCCUGGUUCACAUGCAGCAGGAGGAGGCCCAUGUCUCCUGGUUCACCUGCAGCAGGAGGAGGCCCAUGUCCCCUGGUUCACAUGCAGCAGGAGGAGGCCCAUGUCUCCUGGUUCACCUGCAGCGGACGGAGGCCCAUGUCCCCUGGUUCACCUGCAGCGAACGGAGGCCCAUGUCUCCUGGUUCACAUGCAGCAGGAGGAGGCCCAUGUCUCCUGGUUCACAUGCAGCAGGAGGAGGCCCAUGUUUCCUGGUUCACAUGCAGCAGGAGGAGGCCCAUGUCUCCUGGUUCACCUGCAGCGGACGGAGGCCCAUGUCUCCUGGUUAA